AUGGCACCAUCUUUGAGACAGAAUAAUUCUCAAAAAUAUUAUAUAAAACUGAUUUGUGACAUCCUAUAUUAUUGUGGUUUAGGUAACUGUUGGUAUGAAGAAAAACAAGGAACUAAAUUGCACAAAUACCUAUACAAAGCGUGGUCCAUUUUCGCAAACGUCUUCGGCGUUUUAAUUAUUUUUAACGAAGUCUUGGCAAAUGUGCGCAGCGAUUUAACACCUAAAGAAAAGAAUGAUCUGAUGCAAUUCACAUUUGGCCACCCAACGAUUAGUGCCAAGGUCAUGAUUCUGUAUAUAAAGAAGGAAGAAAUUAAGGCGUUUUUUAAAAGAAUGUUGGACGACACAAGAAAUUCGGUAGAAGAUAUAGAAAAGUAUGCUGUAAAGAGAGCAUUAUUUUAUUGUCUAGUGUUGAUAAGUGUAUUAUCUUUAGCCCUGUUUUUGACGGUUGUCGAUGCAGUGAAAGCGUAUUUUGUACAAGGUAUACCAAUAAGAACAGAAGUGAUAUUUUACCCGACAUCGUCCGACACAGGAGUAUUUGUGAAUAUUCUGCGGGUGUUCGUCGAAAUACACUUCUGGUUGUUUAUCAUAAUCAUGACGUCAAUUGAUUGUUUGUCCCUCUGCUCCUUAGUAUUUCUCGGCUUCAAGUUUAGGGGCGUGAGGAUUUACUUUGAGAAAUUAGCUGAAAAAUUUAAUAAACCUUCAAUUAUCAGUGAGGAGUUUGAGAGUGAUUUCAUAACUGGUGUUCAGUUACAUGAAGAUGCUUUGUGGUGUGCUCGUAACGUUCAACAAUCAAUGGGAUAUAUUUAUAGUGUUCAAAUCGUUGAAAGCAUUACGUUACUUGUCAUAUCUUUAUUACGAUUAGUUGGUGCUGGUCACGCUAAUCCAACACUGUUCGUUGUUGGGAUGACAGCUACCAUUUGCUUGGUGAUAUUGACAGGAUCUUAUAUGAUGGACGCCGCUGAUGUGACACACGAGGCUUUACAAAUUUCGACGGCAAUUUUCCACUGCGGUUGGGAGAACGUCAAGGUCGGUCCUGGUCUCCGCACCACCAUCGUGCUGGCCAUACAGAGGAGCCAGGAUCCAGUGUACCUCACUGCGUUUGGGGUUAUUAAGCUCUCAUAUGCUAGUUUUAUAUCGAUUCUUCGAUCGUCAUAUUCAUUUUUUGCAGUUAUGUAUUAA